UGCCGACUGUGGGAUUGCAGACCUAAAGGCACUCAUCGAUAUAUAAAGAUUAUAUAUAUACUGCCUGGACGACAGGCCAGCAGGUUGAGUUGAAAUUACAAGUCGUGAGUGCGGAGUGCGGACCGUGCGGACGUACACAAAAUUUAUGAAUGAUCGAAAGAAUUUUUCAACACUAUAAAAAAUGAACAUCAAAUUAUCGCGAUAUCCGAGCAUCGGCUCGUUUAGCAAUCACACUCUCGUUAUUGUUACAUUUAUUUAUUGUUCAUUGGCAGUGGUGAUAGGGGAAAAAAUACCGCGAGAAAUGCCAAAAUCGGAAGAUGCUUUUACUCCUAUUAAUAAUCAAGAAUCCACUGCGAGCUCACUGAUCCCAGGAGAUCUCGGUUUUCUUCAUGCAUUCGUUGCUUCACUCUCCGUCAUUGUUGUCUCAGAAUUGGGCGACAAGACAUUUUUCAUUGCUGCUAUCAUGGCAAUGAGACAUCCGAGGCUGACAGUUUUUGCUGGAGCGAUCGGUGCCUUGGCUCUUAUGACAGUUCUUUCAGUUUUGUUUGGCUAUGCUGCUACUAUUAUUCCACGUGCCUACACUUAUUACAUUUCAACGGCGCUGUUUGCCCUUUUUGGAUUGAAAAUGUUGAGGGACGGUUAUUAUAUGUCCCCGACAGAAGCUCAGGAGGAACUGGAGGAAGUCCAAUCAGAUUUGAGAAAACGUGAAGACGAGUUUGAAAAAGAAACCGUGAGUACGGUGGUUCAAGAUCCUGAAACGGGGGUAUUGAGGAAAACGAAGAAAACGAGCGCCUUCAUGAUACUUUCGAGGAUUUUUCUCCAGGCGUUCACUUUAACGUUCUUAGCAGAAUGGGGCGAUCGUUCUCAACUUACGACGAUAAUUUUGGCUGCACGAGAAGACGUCUACGGAGUUGUGGUCGGUGGAGUUUUGGGUCACUCGUUUUGUACAGGACUCGCAGUUCUCGGUGGUCGCAUGAUAGCACAAAGAAUAUCCGUCCGUACAGUUACGAUUAUCGGAGGAAUAGUUUUCCUAGUAUUCGCGCUCACCGCACUCUUCAUAAAUCCUUCGGAGGAUGUGUGAAUUCGAAGGAAAUCUAUCCGUUGAGCGAAUCAUAUUCCGACUAAUAAUUGUACUUGUUUAGAAUUAUUCUGCGUAUUACCGAUACAUACGAACAUUCAAAUGUGUACAAAUGUAUUGGGACAUUCCGCGUCUAAGGAGGUUUACAAAGUUCAUUUUUCAUCUGUCCCCGUUUGAUCGUUUUAUCUGGAAAUAUCCUUUUCUAGCUGAUAAGUCUACACUACAAUUUGUACAGAAAUCUUAGAUACAAUUUUAAUGAGAUUCAUCACGCGCCCCUUCCUCCGCGCUCGCAAGCAUUGAUUCGCAUCACAAUGAAACUAUAAAUUUAAGGAAAAAUACAUUUUACGAUAUCAGAGAAGAAAAUAUGACCGAUGCCUUCGAAAAAACGAAGCUCGGCCGCUCUUAAAAACACUCGAAAAUUAUUUGUGCGACUAGUGUACUUGACCGUAGUAUUGGAAGAGUUUGGGCUCAAAAAGAUUUGUGCACGUGAAUUAAUUGAAAUGAGAAACCCUUUCGUAAAAAUAGGAGGGAUUCAUUCAAUAUUUCCAAUUUACUUAUUUUAUUUUAUAGAGAAAAUGGUUUUCAGGGUAAACAACGAUUUCUGAAUCUGAGCCAAUCAGAAUGUAAAUCAUAGCGAUAAUUUCCACUCCAUUUUUAUAAUUUGCUGGUUCAUUGUUGUUGUUGUUUUUUUUUUUUUUUAUUGGGGCACAGAUCCUCGAACUAAUAUGGAGUGUCCCAUACGUGUAUAUAAAACAUUAUUAACAAUUGUAAAGAUGUACAGUCCACCAGCGCGGUAUAGUAUUACAAAAUCUUGAGAAAAAGAAAGAGAGAUACUAUGCGGUACUUUAUUCGUACCCUCGAGUAUUAUAUUUUUUUAUAUCACCAUACAAUUCAUCAACGUAUAAAUGGACAUUUUUACCUUCAUCCUAGAGGGCUACUUAGUCCUUGAGACAAGUGAUAAGAAGAACUGACGACAAAGGAACCGAAAUGAAAAAAAUGUAUGAAAAAAACUGAUAAAAUAAUUUGUAUGGAGAAUGAUCAAUGCGAUACAAGAAUUUUGUAUUAUUGAGAGAUGUUUAUUGUUAAAAAGCGGAAAUACUAAGUUCAAAAGUGUCGUAAAAUUGUUGUUAUUUUUGAGUAUGUUUCAAAAUAUCCCAAUUUUUCAAUUCCGAAAAUUGUUCGUCGAGUAUUUUUCUGUGUAGUAUGUGACAAUACGUGAUGUGUCGAACGUUAUGCGCGAGUAACAGAGUCCUUGGUCUCGUUACUUCCGACUCUCGAAUCAUUAAUCGUGCGGAAAUAAUUCGACAAUUUGUCAGCCUCGUUUAACAUUUGUCUUGGUCUCGUUGGAGAACAAAUUUUACGUAAAUAUAGAAAAUAUAUAUCUCACGAGGAGAACAUUUUAUUUUUGUGCUAAAUUUCAUCCUGUUCGGAAAGAGAUUAUUGAGGCCAAUUUGAUAAAAUGAUAAAUUUCAUGAAAUAAAAUUUCGUUUGAGCAGAAAUAUAUUUCAACACAAAAAUAUGUUCGAAACAAAUGGUGAACAGAAAUCGCUGAGACACUGAUAAAAAUGUCACACGUUACUGUUAUUAUUAUCGUUGCGACACUAAAUUAGAUCGACUCGUGUCACGUUAGCGCAAAUGCUUUCAAGAUCAAUAAAGAAUAUACGACGUAUUUAAACGCCACUA